AUGGGAAUACGUUUAUCAUCAUUACCUAUCAUCAAAUCCAACUCUUCGCCAGACAAACCUUACAAAGAAACAAUAAUGACAUCAAAAUCAGCAAAAAAUGGUAUAAUUAAAAAAGAUAUUGAUUUACCUGGCGUUAAUGAUAAAGGAAAACUAGCAUUUAUUCUGUUAAAUGUAUUCACAGAAGCUGAAUGUAAAACAUACAUUGAUUUAAGUGAAGCAAAAGGAUAUAAACCAGCUUUGGUUAACGUUGGAAUGGGAUAUGAACGAGCUAUGCCUGACUUUCGCAAUAGUGAUCGAUGCAUUAUAGAUAGUUUUGAAAUGGCCGGUGAAAUAUGGCAACGUAUAAAAUUAUAUAUUCCUGAAGAAUGGCACCCAAAUCGAAAAGUUAUUGGAUUGAAUGAACGUUUAAGAUUUCUUCGAUAUGAUGUAGGACAAAAAUUUGAAGCCCAUAUGGACGGAUGUUACCAGCGUCAAGAUGGCUCAUUUGAAAUGAGUUUUAUAACAAUUCAAAUCUAUUUAAAUGAAGGAUUUAAAGGUGGAGCCACAACAUUUAUCGAUCCAGAUGGUAUCAAUCCCAGUGUAAAAUGUGUGCCAAAAACUGGAAUGGUCUUAGUCUUUGAACAUCGUUUACUACAUGAAGGAAGUCGUUUGAUUAAAGGAAGAAAAUAUGCAAUUAGAACUGAUGUAAUGUAUAAACGAAAAGAGUUAUUAGAUGAGAAUGAGAAUUAG